AUGGCGACACAUGCUCCCGUGAACAGUCUACCACCGGCCUCGUUCUUGGGCCAGCACCAGCAGCCGCAGCAGCAGCAGUUUCCUUCACAUGGCCUCUUGCCACCAACAACUGGCGCUCAAGCCUAUCCCCAGCCAAUUGCACCUGCUCCGCCACGAGAUAGACGGCACGAGUAUGGUAUGCCCGGCGCUCCUUUCACCGGAGCUGAGGAUAAAGGCCCAAUGUGGGCGGCACCUGAUGGAAUGUCUGCUUCAGCCGCCGCCUAUCCUCCCAAGGAUGCACCACGAACUCAGGUUGUUGGCUCUCAGGGUCGACGAGGUAUCCUUCCUAGCGUUCCAGGACGUGCAGCUAUCACCAAUGGUGUAAACGGGACUGCCAAGGGUACCGCUAUUCCAGCUAAGGAUGCUGAUGGCAAAUUUCCUUGCCCACACUGCAACAAAACAUAUCUUCACGCAAAGCAUCUAAAGCGACAUCUGUUGCGCCACACUGGUGAUCGCCCCUACAUGUGUGUUCUCUGCAAAGACACGUUCUCUCGAAGCGAUAUCCUCAAGCGUCAUUUCCAGAAAUGCUCUCUCCGACGAGGCAAUCCUACCGGAAUCAGUCACUUGUCUCACCCUCAUGCUCAUCUCAAGAAGGCUCAGGCAGCGGGGGUUGUGCCUAAACCGGUGAAUCAGGGUGAUGUUAGUAACCCCAUCUCACUUCCCAAUGGUAUUGGUGGUACUACGUUUGGGGAAGCGCCCGCGAGCGGGCAUGGGGUUACAAUGGCUCCUGGCCAUCAACCCCGCUUCGCAGAACAUCAGCCAUUCAGUUAUCCUAUGCCUUCUCAUGCGCCAGCGGUACAGAGUGGUAGUAGCGGUUUGGCCCGUGGCCCCUUGGACCAGAUUCCCGCCGGCACUACUACUGCCCAGUACCCUCCGCAUCAGCAGCAGCAUCAGAAAACCUGGAUGGCUGAGCCCAAACACAACUCUUCGUCGUUCCAUACGCAGUCUGGAACUGACUCUGUUGGCCAGUCGACCAGUAUUGCUCUUCCUCCGAUCGAUGCUAAGAAUACUUCCGAUAACAAACAGGCUCCUCCCCAACAUCCACCACCACAGCACUCUCAUCCUCAGCAGCCGCAGCAGAACAUUGACUGGUCUGUCCUUCAGCCGGGUUCGCAUGAGAACUACAUGCCCGGCCCGCCAGUCUACCCUACGUCCAUGACACCAGUUAAUGACGGAAUGCAUGCACAUGUCGAUGCUGAUCGCAAGUACUAUCCUGCCACCACUGCCGGACAGCAGGAAAAUGGUGGUUUGAACGGUCUUUACCUUGCAUCCACCAGCUUAAGCGGUGAUGAGUUCUGUGACGGCCGAAUUGUGAACGAGUUUCUCUUAUUAAUCCCUUACAAUUUUUCGUUUCCCUUUGAUCUCGACCUUCCUCCUUAA